AUGAGGCAUAACUCGACUAACGACAUCCUCCUCGUUGAUGGCCUCAGUGGAUAUGAUGACCAUUUAGACUAUCUCACUGGCCUCUUUGAGGAGCUGCAGCUAUGUUGUGUCGAGGCAGCUAAUUUUAAUGAUAUCUUGGACUUCAUAGGGAGCGCCCUUCAUUUUGGGCUAAUCGUCAGGCAGCAACAAGGGCCAGAUCCUGCCGCUGAAAUGAACCAGGAGCCUGUGUUGUCCACUGACGUCGAGGACUCCAGUCUGUCUGUCGUACAGUCAGGUGAUGUACAGUCAGGUGAUGAGGUGGUGGUGGUGGCUCCCGUCAAGCAAAAGAAAUCCCGAAGAAGGAAAAACAAAAAGUCGGGUAAGGCCAAACCUCAAGGGCUCAAAAUCCAGCCAGCUGGCGAAGAUAGUAAUAAGGCCAAUCAGCCAACACGAAAGGUCUCUAACUCGGACAACGGAGAUCCUUGGGACACCGAUGAUUCCAAGUCCUCUGUAGCGACUCCCGGCGUCAAUAUUCCUCGUGUCUGUAAAGAAAUACCAGAGGAGCGUAACGCAUGGACCAAGAAUUGGACGUCGAAGCCCAGGAUUGAAACCGAAGACCUUAACAAAACCUUUAGUUCAAAUAUCCCUUCAUCCUCGUUCCUCCCACAGGAAGAAUCCGUCCUGGAACCGUUUCUGAUUAACAGUUCGUAUGCGGAUUCGAAUCUCCAGGCUGCUCCGCAUGUUCCGAAAGAGCCGCUUGGAUUCAUAUACCUCUUUUCCACACCUCAUCAUCAGUCUCUGAACGCGGUGGGUGAAGUCAAAGUCGGGUUGAUCCUCCAUGAGAAGUACCGAGGUUAUGGGUAUGCCCAACAGGCUCUGCAACUUGUCGUGGCAUACGCGUUCGACGAGCUCAAAUGUCAUCGCAUACAAGCUACGUUACUACAGACGCCGCUGAAGGCGCAUGCAAUGAAACUGUUCAUGCGAGAGCGAUUCAGCUAUGAAGGAACCCGCCGAAGUUAUUUUUUCAGUCCGCUCGAGCAAGAGUGGAAGGAUACGACUGCUAUGGCGAUACUCGACACAGAAUGGGUCAUCCGUUCAUCGCUGUGUGGAGCACCACCGACGUUGUGGGAUGAGAUGUUCCUCCGGCAUGAACGCGAACGGGACUCGCUUUUGCGAUGGGAGCAAGGUAACAGGGAGGAGGAAAGGCGGCUGCUUAAACGGACGUCGAGCACGGAGACUAUCCGGUACGGCGAUGUGUAUUCAAGCGACAUGACUUCGCCGGAGGAUGGAGAUAGGAAAGGGAAAAGAAAAGCAGUCGAUUUGGAGGACUUUAAGGAUAAUCAAGCUUACCUUUCCCCGACUGGAGAAGAGGAUUUGGCAUUCGAUGACGGUAGUGAUGAUGAUGACUCCGAUGCGAAACGCCUGAAGUCCGGUGGGGAACAUGACAGCGAUCCCUCUCCUCUCACUUUCGGGCGUUCGACUACUUUUGCUUUGAGCGGUCUGGCACAGACGCUGACCUCUCCCUCGAUACCCUCGCUGCCGUUAUUCGGCCAAGACCAUGAUGGAUACAGCAGCUCCUCUGAGAGCUCUUGGGAUGCUAUGGAGUCAUCGAGCAAUUCCUCCUUUGACAGUUUAUCGGAUGCACCUUGA